AUGGCAACCGAUCCAGAAGUCAUUGACUUGUGCAGCAGCUCCUCGGAGGAAGAUGAGAAUGAUGCAGCUCCUACGGUCGCCACCAAACAAAGAAUUCCAACCGGACCCAGCGUACGGCAGACUCCCACGGAUGCCCCCGGACACCAUCAAUCCUUACCAUCGCCAAUAUCCAAGGCUAUUCGAAAUUCGACCACAACGACAUCGAAUGGUGGCAGUGCCGUUACUGCCAAGGAUAUUGCCAACACCAAACCGCACUGGAACACUUUUUCCAACCGACAAAAUGGGAGCGAACGAGCCACUGUCGAACCAUCCAGUGCUCAUUCACAAAUCAGCCCCGAUGAACAACAGAGCGCCAUUCCUAGCGAGCUGCUUCAAGAAAAAAUCGCUCGAAACAAAGACUUCUUCAAUGAUUCGGACGACGAAGAAAUCAACCCGUUUGGAAGCGCUCUGGAGCAAGUAAAGAUUGAUUUCUUCAAAGAACACUGUUUUGCCUGUCAAGUUCCACUCUGUAAUCCGUUUCAGCGCAAUGUGGAACGGUCGUGCUAUGCCCUCCAUUCCCAUCCAAAUUUACGAGUUCCGGUAUGCGUUGUCUGCAGUGACGAAAUUGCCAAUUUGGAAUUGACCAAACACGAGGCGGAAGAAGAGGACAAUGAAAUUUGUGGACUCUGUGGCUCGAAUGCCGAGAAAAUGUUCUUGUGCGAUGGGAGCGAAUGUCGUGCGUCUCGAAGUUCCAUUUGCGACCAGUGUGUCCAAAAUGCCAAUCCUACUUUGGAUUUGGAAGAACUGGAAGCUUCGGAUCAAGACUGGUAUUGCCCUUGCUGCAAACCACCAAACGUCAUUUCGCAACUCCGAAACUAUCUUGAAGAGUUGCAAACGCGACAGCAGUCAUCAACGGGAUCCAAGGAGACUCGAAUAGAAUCGCUGCUGGAAGAUCUCCAGUUGGUAGAAUCCAAAAAAGCUGAGUGCGAAGAAGCACUGGACGAUCAAGAAAGCUACAAUAUUGAGAUUGAAUUAGAGUUGACUCGUAGUACUGGAUUCGCUUCCUGCAAAAACAUUAAAGACCAGGUGCAAGGCGAAUUCGAUUUGUGGCUGGAAGCACAGCACAAGCACCAUGCCCGCCUAGUCGACAUGAUCACCGUUCUGCACGAGGCCUUGGAGCAAGAGGGCCUGGAUCUCAAGGAACAUUAUUUCAAGGAAGAUACUGCCGAUAGAAACAAUAGCGAGGCUGCAGAAGUGGAGGAUUGGAAAAUUCAGGCUGACAUGGAAAUCGCAAAAAGGGCAAUGGACGAGGGAUUGAAAACAUCUUUGACACCUCCUCCACCGCCAACAAGGGAUGAGGAGAAAGAGAAGGAGGAACUCGCACUCAAGGAAAUAGAUGACUUGGGCAGCAUUUCGGAAUCAUCUGAUGUGGAUAUGGUAAACCCAUGGCGACAGGCUCCAUAUCGUGUUCCAGAUUGGAAGAUCCAAGAAGCAAUGGAAGCCGAGGACGAAGAGUUUGCGGCAGCAAAGCGAAAGCUACGAAUAGUUUCUGAAAAGGACGAUGCGAAUGCAGCUGUAACGGAGAGCAAGAUAAGUGCCGGUGUCCGAAAAGAGGCCUCCAUAGUAGUGCACAAGUGCCAACGCCGACGUCGCAAAGCCUACAGGGGCCAACGCCGACGUCGCAAAGAAGCUCGCAAGAGACGUCGUUCGACAGACGCUUCCUCUGGCAAAGUCAAUGUAUCAACUGUAGCUAGUAGUUUGUCUAAGACACCAAGCGGUAAUGGAAGUAUUCGACCAAAACAGAAUAAAAGAAAAGCAGUGACAAAAGGACUUCUUCCACUCUCGGACUCGGAAUCAUCUUCCGAAGAGGAAAACCACCAGUUGGAGCCAAAGAAGCAAGGAUUUGGUCAUUUGUUUGAGAAUUCCGAUUUCAUCCUAACAACCGAUCCGCACCAAGAUCCCAUUCAAGUUGCGGAAGAACUAGCCAAGAUUCUCAAACCACAUCAGAAGGAAGGUAUUCAGUUCAUUUUUCAAAACACCUUUCACGAUAUUGCCUUUCCCAAGGACAAGCUUACCGAAGAUAUUGAGGAAAAAGUUGGAGGCUGCAUUCUUGCACAUAACAUGGGUCUUGGGAAGUCGCUUUGUUGCGUCACACUGUUGCAUACCCUGUUCUUUCACCCUUCGCUUCAAAACGACGUUGGACAACCAAAGAUACGAUUUGCCAUCCUUGUUGCACCAGUCAAUACGAUCCGCAACUGGGAAAAUGAGCUUGGAAAAUGGACGGAGAAACUUGGUACACAUAUCGACGUUCAUUGUGUGUCGAGUGGGGGACACCACAAGCAGGUGAUCAGGACUUGGGCCAAGACUGGAGGGGUUCUGUUGAUGAGUGAUGCGCUCUUCCGCAACAAUGUCAAGGUCUCGAAAGAGGAGUUGCAAGAUCUUGCCGACGUGAUUUUCCUAGACGAAGCUCAUACAAUGUUGAAGAACAAAAGCAACGCUGUUUUCAAGGCACUAAUGGGUGUCAAGACCGCUCGUCGCAUCUGCCUCACUGGAUCUCCCUUCCAGAAUAAUCUAUUUGAGUACUUUCGAAUGGCCAGCUACAUCCGACCAGGUGUUCUUGGCAAUUCUGAACGUGUGUUUGAGAAGAAAUAUGUGGUUCCCAUACAGGAAGGUGUCUCCACUGAUGCAACGGGCGAAGCGAAAAAGAAAGCUGACGAAUCCAUGAACGAAAUCCAAGGAAUUCUUGAACCAUAUGUCCACCGCAAGGAUGCUGGGGUGUUACUCGAGGAAUUGCCGCCAAUGCAACAAGUUGUUUUGCACACUCGUCAAACGAAACUCCAACGUCGGCUGAAUGGAGCCUACAAGCGAUUCCAGAAAUCCAGCGAUAAAGACGUGAACAACUUUCUUCACAUGUACAAUUCAUUACGUACUGUUCAUAAUCAUCCUGGUACGUUGCUUUUCCGACAAACCAAGACUCGACCAAAAGAGAAAAAGACUACGGAUUCAAUGCCAGUACUGGCCACCACCUUGAACAAUGAUGCCAAAUCAGGCAACACAAGCUCUUCCACUGGCCUCGAUAAUGGACCAACCACAAACGUCAACGAGCUUGAAAUACCGAAGAUGGUGAUCAAGAUAGAACCUAUGGAUAGCAGUUCGAUUCACCAACCGAUGGAAAUGGCUGAAAAGAAGGACCCCGAUGAUAUUAGCAUUAUUGAGUUGCUCAGCGAUUCAGAAGAGGAAGAACCUGAGCCGGACGAGGAGGUCCCAAGUGAAAUUGAAACAACACCGCAACGUUGGUGGUCUUCAGUUGCGAACAAGAUCAACAACGACGAGAUGAGAAAGAUUGAGAAUGGAAACAAAAUCGUCUUGUUGUUGCACAUUUUGACACAUGCGUACCAACUGAACGAGAAGGUAGUCUUGUUUUCCCAGUGUCUCAAGACACUGGACUACAUUUCUAGUGUGCUCGCAAUCAAUGAUUGGGGCAAACAGGUUCCUUCAUUGGGCGAUGCUUUUCCAGGUGUAUCCAUUGGUGGAUGGGAACUUGGCAAACAGUUUUUGCGUAUCGAUGGAACUACCUCAGCCAAUGAUCGAGGAAACAGGAUAGACAGGUUUGAGGAGGACUCUAUCCGACUAUUCUUGAUCUCUUCCCGUGCUGGGGGAAUAGGGAUCAAUCUUUGCUCUGCAAACAGGGUUGUGAUAUUCGAUAGUCACUUUAAUCCAACAAUUGAUUUACAAGCGUUGUACCGCUGCUAUCGCUAUGGGCAGCAGCGCAGUGUUUUUGCAUACCGAUUUUUGACAGAAGGAACCAUAGAAGGAAAGGUUUACUCCAGAGCUGUAAACAAAGCAAGUCUGGGGCUUUCCUUAGUUGAUGGCAAAUCCUUCCAACGCUUGUUUUCUGCGAAAGAAACAGAAGACUUCGCAAAGACAGACAGUUGGGCGUGCUGUAAUAGGUGUGAGAAGUGGCGGAUGUUCCCACCUCAGGAAAAUGUUGAUGUGACAAGUCUUCCAGACAAGUGGUAUUGUGAGGAAAUGAACGAUGUUGAUAAGAGUACGAAGAUCGAUUGCACAUUCCCAGAAAGGGAUGAGAUCUGGUAUUGGAACCAUUAUGGGCUUUCAAACGAAACAAAGGAAAACAAGAGCACUACUGGUCCAAUCGUUGCAAUGUCUGGCAGUGCAAAAGCGUUGUCCGACGAUACGAAGGAAGCUUUGGUGGCCCGAGACGAAAUCCUCAAGGGUUUGCUAAACGUGACUGGAGGGAAAAAGUCUAUUGUUUCUCGCUACUAUUUUCAUGAUGCACUUAUUGACCAAGAUAAUGCAAAGAAAGCUGGGUCCGAAUCAGAAGACCGAAGUCCACAACGUAUGGAUCAAGAUGCUAUGACCGAAGGAGUCGGACUAAGUGAACAAGCUGACGCAAAGAAAGCCAAGCACGCGGUAGAACUUCAAAGUUCACCACCAAUUGGGCAAGAUUCCAUUUCUAAAAGAUCCAAGCCAAAUGAUCAGAAAACGGCACCAGGGAGUACACCGCGAACAAAAGAGAGGAACAGUUCGGAAGCCACUCCAAACAAGAAGAGAUCUUCCCCUCGCUCUUCAAAGACUUCAAAUUCGAAAAGACAGAAGAGAAAAGUUGUCUUCAGUUCACUAUGGUCAGGCUUUGAUUCGGACAGCUAG